AUGGCCGUCCUCGCCCGUCCGACCGCCGCCCCUAGUCGCGUCACCGCGCGCUCGGGAACCGCGCCUCGCGUCUCGCGCGUCCGCGACGUCCGCGCGCGCGCCGCGCACGGCCACGGCCACGGCCACGGCGCCGCGGUGGGCGAACAAAAAGGUUUCGUCGAAGAGAUGCGUCGGGUCGCCAUGUCCCUGCACACGCGAGAGCAAGCGCCGAGGGAGGGCGGGAAGCGCGCGGACGCGUCCAAGGCGGAGACGCGGCCGGUGGCGACGUGGACGCCCACGGGGGAGGGAUAUUUGAAUUUCUUGACGGAGAGCCUGGCGGUGUACGAGGCGAUGGAGACGAUCGUGGAGACGGAUGCGAGCGGAGUGUACGGGAAGUUUAAGGAUAACGGACUCGAACGAAGCGACGCGCUGCGAAAAGACAUCGAGUACAUCGAGCGGAGGUUCGGGUUGUCGAAAAGAGACGCCUCGGGGGCUGGGAGGGAGUACGCGGAGACCCUGAAGGCGCUGGCGAAGACGUCGCCGCCCGAGUUCAUCUGUCACUAUUACAACGUGUACUUCGCGCACAGCGCGGGAGGGAGGAUGAUCGGACGUAAGGUGAGCGAAUUGAUCCUCGACGGGAAGGAGUUGGAAUUUUACGAAUGGAAGAAGAACGGCGGUUUGGAGGCUUCGCUCACGCGCGUGCGGAACCUGUUGAACGAAACCGCCGAGCAGUGGACGAGAGAGGAGAAGGAUCGGUGCCUCGAGGAGACCGGGAAGUCGUUCCAACUCUCUGGACAGCUCUUACGAUUGAUCGCGUGA